UUCAACUUUGUCAAAUAUGUUUCAUUUCCUUUACAAAGAUUUGAGUUGAACAAUUGGAUAGACAUCGUUGAAGUGCGUCAUUGAAAAUGGUGGGUCGAGAGUCCUUUGUAUCCGACCAACGGCGCUGGUUGCAGAAAGAACGUGAGGCUGAAUUGGAGCAGAGUCAAGCCUUGUGCGAUCGAUUGGACGUACGGGAAUUGGAACGCCGGGGAUUGGCCUUGCGACACCUCCGGAUCUCGGCUCAAAGCACCGGACUUUAUGGACGCACCCUUCUGACGUUUGAGCCGGCUCAAAUCCAUCGGAAAGAACUCCCCGCCCACAGCAUCACCUCCGGCGAUAUCGUGGGCGCUUCGAACACCAAUGAGGGCUCUGAAAGCGUCUCUGGCGUCGUCAUUGGAGUGAGUUCGUCGGCCGUUCAAGUCUCCUUUGAGGAAUCGCUCGACGUGAUUCCGAUCGACUCUGACGGAGUGGUUAAUAUAACCAAGUUAGCCAACGAAGUGACACACAAACGCUUAAAGACCGCUCUCAAUUAUAUUGAAACCGGUUCACACUCUAUUCUUGACAACUGCCUCUUGGGGAACUCAACUUUAAGUGCGCCUCUUCAAACCCUUCCACCACAAAUCCUCAACGGGGAAAACCUCAUUCAGCAUGUCAAUGAACAAUUGGACGAUUCCCAAAAAGAGGCGGUCCGGUUCGCGCUCCUCCAAAAGGAAUUGGCCGUGGUUCACGGCCCACCGGGAACGGGUAAGACCACCACCAUUGUGGAAAUCAUCACACAGGCCGUGAAAUCAGGGCUCAAAGUCCUCUGUUGUGCGCCUUCGAAUGUGGCUGUGGAUAAUUUAUUAGCUCGCCUGGUUAAAAAUCGCAUCAAGGUGGUGCGAUUGGGGCAUCCCGCUCGAGUUAAUGUGAAGCUUCAAAAGUUCUCGUUGGAUGCCCACAUUAACAUGAGUGAUCAGACUCAAUUGGUUCGAGACAUUCGUCGCGAAAUUGACGGAAACUUUGUGAAAAUGAAAAAAUCUCGCUCCAAAGGGGAGCAAUCCGGAUUGCGACGCGAGAUCAAGGAACUUCGGAAAGAGCUCCAUGAAAGAGAACGGAAUGCCGUGAAAGAGAUUCUGCGUCAUUCCGAGGUCGUGCUUUCAACUUUGACGUCGGCCUCGGUUGAGGGACCUUUGAGACAUGUGAAGGAGCGACAUUUCAAUAUCACGGUCAUCGAUGAAUGCUCGCAGGCCUUGGAAAUGGCCUGCUGGAUUGCCCUUCCAUUCGCACCCAAAGCCAUUUUGGCAGGAGAUCAUCUCCAACUUCCUCCGACCAUCAUGAGCGAAGAAGCUGCUCGAGAAGGUCUCAAUUUCACACUGAUGGAACGAGUCAUCAAGGAGUUGGGAUCGGACGUGGUUCGCAUGCUCAAGGUUCAAUAUCGAAUGAAUGAGCAAAUUAUGACCUGGGCUUCCGAUGCUCUUUACAAAGGAGAAGUAAAGGCUCAUGGAAGUGUCAAAAGUCACUUGCUCAGAGAUCUACCCAAUGUCAAGGACAACGAGAACACAAGCGUGCCUUUAGUUCUCAUUGAUACAACUGGUUGUGAUAUGUACGAAAUGGCGACACCAGAUGAGAUCUCCAAGGCCAAUGAGGGCGAAGUGGCUCUUGUCUGUCUUCACGUGGAAGAACUUAUUUCAAGCGGCUUGAAUCCAGCAGAUAUUGCCGUGAUUACGCCGUACAAUCUCCAAGUGGAAUUGAUCCGUCUUCAGCUCUCAUCCAAAUAUCCGAAACUCGAAAUUCGCUCCGUGGACGGCUUCCAGGGACGGGAAAAAGAGGCCGUGGUUCUGUCCUUGGUACGGUCCAAUCCCAACCGUGAAAUUGGCUUCUUGGCCGAGUCUCGGAGGUUAAACGUGGCCGUGACCAGAGCCAGGCGGCAUGUGGCCGUGAUUUGCAAUUCAGAAACCGUUUCCACCGACAAAUUCUUGCAAGACUUCAUCACUUACCUGGAGGAACACGGAGAAGUUCGAACUGGAAUGCAAUAUCAAAAUGGGAUUGAUUCCCUAGACCUUGUGCGACCUGAAGGGAUGACUCUGACGAUCAAAGAUGAAGUGAAACCGCAAGAAAGUGGGAAGGAGUCUCGGAAAAAGCCAGAAAAGAAAAAAAGAUCAUGUGAUGUGAAGACGAUAAAGAAGAAAAUUCCGGAGGCUGAAGUUAGGUCAAGCGAACCCGCGAAUGAAGAAGUUAAAAAGCGGUUCCACAAGGAUGAGAUUUCGGCUGAGGAGCAAGAAACUGCCGAUGAAUUAAAGCGGGAGAAGUUCACUUCCGUUAUUGAAAAUUUCAUCGCCUCAGGGGAAGGCAUCCAUAACUUAUCACCUGAAUUAAACUCCCAUGACCGAAUGGUGGUCCACGAAAUUGCCAAAAGUCACGGACUGAUUCAUGAAAGCACGGGGGAAGGUAGAAAGCGGCAUAUCGUUUUAAAGAAAUUGGCCCCGGUACCUCCCAAAGAAGAAAAGGUUCAAGUAAAAAGCGAUUACGUUCAAUGUUCGGGUUGCUUAGCCCGAAUGCCGAAAGCGAACAUAGAGCUUCACAAAAUCCGAUGCGAAAAGUCUCCUCUUCAACCCUUUAUCCCACCCGCCCCCAAAGUAACAGGAGUCAAGCCCAAGAAGCCCAAGAAACAGACUCAAGCCCAAAAAGAAGAAGAAGAUAUCGACCAGUUGUUGGCCAGUUUCUCGAAAAUCGAUAAUGUCUGCAACGGUGAGAAAUGCAAGGCCAAGAUUUUGAAUCUGGGGGUCACGUGCCAGUUUUGCCGAGUUCGGUUCUGUAUCGAGCACAGUUUACCCGAGGCUCACGGCUGUGGAGAUGCCGCUCGACGUGCGGCUCGACAACAGAUCUCGCGGGAUGGUAGGAUCUAUUCAGGGUCGGGUCGACCGUCCAUGAAGCCGGAUGCGGUCAAAAGAGCGCAAAUACAGAAGAAGCUGGACAAGAAGUUGAAUUCGUUGAGCGACGAGCGAAAACCCAAGAAGCCGGAGAAAAAGUCAUGAGCUGUACAAGUUCAGUUGUUUCAAUGCACAAUGAAUUAUAUCAAAUUCUAACCCCGCA